AUGCCUAACCCGACAGGAAAGAACAGUCAAGGGAAGAAAGAAUAUCCUCCUGACGAUGUCUUGGAGGCAAGUCUCCGGAAGUACGUUACGCGUGGUCUGAGUCAAAACGAUAAACUGAAGAGGCUUGUCGAUGACCAUCAUCUCUCUAUCGGACUAUCAAAGUUAAAUCAAUUAGAGCGGAAGUUCAACAUACCUUCGCUUCGACGCUGUGCGCCUUCCGUUGAUAUCGUACGGCAAGCAGUGGUGGAUGAGGUCGACAAGGAUGUUGCACAGCGUAACGGGCCUGCUUUUGUCACAGGGAAGCUUCGGCUCAUGGGGAUUAUGACGCCUCGUGAUACUGUUCGUAAAAUCAUGCACGAAUAUUACCCUGAAGGCUUUGAUGUUCGGUUUCCAGGGAAAGUGCGUCCCAAGAUCCCCCGGGGCACCCUUACCGCCAUUGGUCCAUACCACGAAGUUUCCGCUGAUGGACAUGAGAAGAUUGCGCAACAAGCAUUGAAGAUGGGCGAAGUUGGCAUCUCGAUCUAUGGGUGGAAGGAUAAGUGGUCGUCCGCAGCGUUAUGGGUGGUAGCAGUUCCGGAUUGCCGUAGCGCCGGAGCAAUAGGGCAUCUAUACCUUGACUUCAUUGAGCGCAUUGGUGGCAUACCUUUACAGAUUACGGUUGAUAAAGGCUCGGAGACCGGUUGGCAGUGUGCAAUUCAGUAUGCGCUGAGGGAAGUGUUUGCACCUGAUGUUGACGAAGAUACAUACCCACCAUUUGUUGCCCUGAAAAGUGUUCACAACGUCGCAAUCGAGGGGUUUUGGCAUUGGCUGCGACAAGGGACAGGUCUAUCCUUGAAGGAGAUUCUCCUUCGAGGCAAAACAGAGCAGCUGUUCAGCCCGAGCGUUGGGCUUCACAAGGAUCUAUUCAAUUGGAUAUUCCCACCACUUGUCCAAGUCGCUUUGGACGACUUCUGUACCGCGUGGAACCAUCAUCAUAUCCGUCAGCAACCAGAUAAGGACAUGCCCUCUGAUCACGUUCCCAUUGAUGCACUCGAACAUCCACAAUAUCUCGCCGGACUCGAUUGCCGAAUUCCAAUACCUGCUGAGGUGAUUGGCCAUCUCCGAGAGUUUCUGACGGAGCAAGUUGGGCCGCGAGAGGCUUAUUUACAGUGGGUUACUGAGGAGUUCAGCCAGCGCGCACAUGAGGUCCAUACUUCACUGAGAAUGCCUACUAUUACACUCGAAAAUGCUUGGGAUAUAUUUGUUAAGAUGUCAGACGCAAUGAGCUGA